AUGAAGCCCGGAACGUUGCUGCUAGUGUCUGCCUUUCUGAAAGGCAUUGACGCGGUCCGCCGACCAGCUGAUCUUCUCGUUCCUGCCCAGCCGAACGAGGUGCUGACCGGUCGGGAGCUGAAUGGCAUGAGCAAGAAGGUUCUAGCCGACGCUAGCCAACUGUCCGAGAAGCGUGAGGCCGAAAAGCAAUCUCACCCUCGUUUCCCUUACGGCCUUGGCGCCAAGAUCAAGAGCAAGACCAAGGGCAUCUACGCUCACGGCCACGGCCACGGCCACGGCCACGGCCACGCUCACGACCACGCUCAUGACCACGCUCAUGACCACGGCCACGGCCACGGCUACGGCCACGGCUACGGCCACGGCCACGGCUACGGCUACGGCCACGACCACGGUUACGGCCACUGCUACACCUACGACUACUACGACCACCAUGCCAUUCUCAAACACGACCACAACAACCACGACCCAUUCGUAUCUGUUAGCGCCUCGGCAGAAUGGCCCCUGCACCCUGUCUACCUCUACCCACAACACUACUGGUGCUCCGUGUGCCAGUGCCGGCUUUCUAUGUAG